AUGUCGCUACGUAAAGUUCCAAUUCAUGGAGCUGCAACAUCGCCAGAACUUGCCAUUCAAAUGUUGGUAGCUAAAGAUUAUGAUUCUUCAUCUGCAGAGCAUGUAAUGCUCAAAUACAUGCAAGCAGUAAAUAAAAUCCCCAAAAUCACACGACUUAUAGUGUCUGAUGACGAACUGAUUUACCAGUUUGCUCUCGCUUCUCUCCUGCUUCGCACAUUUUAUCUAUUCCCUUCCAAAAGAAGGGAAGAAGCAAUGGAUGCCUCACAUACUCUGGAUCUUGCCAACAACAGCGGAAAGAGAUAUUGUUUAGCAGAAAUACAGGAUACUUCAUUUCCUGUUUCACUUUACGUUCCAAAAUUCAAAUUUUUCAGAUUGUGCCCUGAAAUCCGUAUGUAG